AUGACUAGUUAUGUGAUCAGUGCAGCAGAUCAAUUAAUCAUUUAAUCAGGAACUCCCUUUAGUUGUGAAAUCGUGCAUCCUGGACUAUCUUGUGAAAUAAACAUUUUAUCAAAUCUUCCAAGAAUCAUGAGAUCCAAUUCAAAAGUGUAUUUACCAGUUCAUCUGAUUCCUUUUCUGCUGUACAAACGAAAACAAGUUAUGAAGAGUCCUAUAUCCACAAUAAGCAGAGCUCUUGUUUCAUAUUUUAAAAGCAUUUGUUUCCUCUCCUUUAUGGUUCAAAUCCUCAGAUAUAAUUGGUGCAAACAAAAAAAUCUCCUCAAAAAGGUCGACCCAUUUGUUCCAUUAUCUGGUGGAUUCAUAAGUUCAUUUGCUCUCCUUCUAGAAUCUAAUACUAGAGCAAUGGAAAUUUGUUUAAGUAUAGUUCCUAGAUUUUGCGAAACAGUUAUAAACCUAUUAAAAAGCAGGGGAAAAAUGAUAGACAUUCCUCAUGGAGAUGUUAUUGUUUUCUCAUUUGUUAUCGCUAUCAUACAUUAUUAUUAUCAACAUGAUCCAAAAUCUUUAAAAAGCACAUAUUAUAAGGUAUUUGAAAAAAUAUGGGGAAUAAAUUGAUUACAUAAUUUGUGUUUAAUAGAUAAUUUAACAAUACAUCUAAUA